UACCUAUGUAAACACACCGGGCCACCAGCGGAGUUUCUUUCUGUCUGUGAUUUUAAACACUUUGGUUUCCCGGGCACAUGUGAGCAAACGGACUAAAUCCCACUGGACUUCAUACAAACCGCUGACCCUCAUGCCGGAUGAGCAGAAUGCUGCUUCCUUCGCACGAGACAGAAAAUGAAUACCACUCUCCAUGAUCCUGCAGUGGCUAUGUAUCAGCCAAGUGCAGGAUACCAGCUGAACGCCAGCUGCAACUGGUCCUCACCUCCGUGCAACUGGACAUCAGGGGGCGAUGCUCUGCAGCUGCCAACGUUCUCCACUGCAGCCAAAGUGAGGGUGAUCAUUACCUUCAUUCUAUGUGGCACCUCAGCCUUUUGCAACCUGGCUGUGUGGUGGGCAGCAAACAGCAAUGGGAAGCGCAAAUCCCACGUCAGGGUUCUGAUAAUCAACCUGACGGUGGCUGAUCUGCUGAUGACCUUCAUUGUGAUGCCUGUGGAUGCCGUGUGGAACAUCACGGUCCAGUGGCUCGCCGGGGACUUUGCCUGCAGGCUGCUGAUGUUUCUUAAGCUGCAGGCGAUGUAUUCCUGCGCCUUCGUCACUGUUGUGAUCAGUCUGGACAGGCAGUCAGCCAUCCUCAACCCUCUGGCAAUCAACAAGGCCAGGAAGAGGAACAGAGUCAUGUUGACUCUGGCAUGGGGGAUGAGCGCCGUGCUGUCAGUCCCUCAGAUGUUCCUUUUUCGCAGCGUGACCAUCACCUAUCCCGAAGACUUCACUCAGUGCACCACACGUGGGAGUUUUGUUGCUCGCUGGCAGGAAACGGCCUAUAACAUGUUCACGUUCUGCUGCCUGUUCCUGCUGCCUUUGGCGAUCAUGAUCACCUGCUAUACAAGGAUCUUCAUUGAGAUCUCAAAGCGAAUGACAAAAGACAACAUAUCCACCAAUGAAGUGCAUUUGCGAUGUUCCAAGAACAACAUCCCUAAAGCCCGAAUGCGAACUCUGAAAAUGAGCAUUGUGAUUGUCCUGUCUUUCAUUAUCUGCUGGACUCCGUACUAUCUGCUCGGCCUGUGGUACUGGUUCUUUCCUGAUGACCUGGAAGGAAAGGUUUCCCACUCCUUGACCCACAUUCUCUUCAUCUUUGGGCUUUUCAAUGCCUGCCUGGACCCCAUCAUAUACGGUCUGUUCACCAUUCGCUUCCGAAAGGGGCUCAAGAGGUAUUACCACAAUGCCACCGUGACAUCAAACCUAGACAACAGCACAAUUACAACUGGGUCUUUUGUGUGUGCUGCCAAUUCUCUGCCCUUGAAAAGACAGCUGACCACUGCCGGCCAGGACAGGCCUGGAUUAUGCAGCGAUUCCUGCCGAGCAAAGUCAAAGUCCACCAGAAGCAGCUAUGUAACAGUAAGCAGUGAUGCAGAAAGUUAUCCUGGCCAGUGA